AUGGUUAUAUCUGAUGAGAACGAUUCUACCCAGAUUAAACCCACAAAUGCACAAGGAGGGGCAGUAAUCACUGGCAGAAAGUUUGGAAUGGAGGUGAGACCCAAUAGAAGGGCUUUGAGUUCGAUCAAUCAGAAUUUAGUGGGAGCUCAUCCUCGUCCAUAUCCCUGUGUUGUUAACAAGAGAGGCUUAUCAGAAACAAAUAGGAUUUGUGAUAAGAAUCUUCCCAUUCAAGCACAUAGGCCAAUCACAAGGAAAUAUGCUGCACAAAUGUCAGUCUUGCAGCAACCCUGCCCAGAGGAAGUAAAGAAGCCAAAAACAUCAGUGAAUGAGUUUACUGUAUUGGAGGAUACUCCUCUUGCAGAUGUAAAGCAUAAUGGGGCAGUUAAAGACCAACCUGUGCCCAUGUCUUUGGAACAAAAAGAAAUAGAAAUCAGUGAAAACAAUCAAAUUGAGGAGGUUGAAAUGGCAGACAUAUUCGAAGAGACGAUUUUGGAUAUAGAUAGCGAUGAUGCAAAGAAUCCACUUGCAGUUGUCGACUAUGUCGAAGAUCUAUAUGCUUACUAUAAGAAAAUGGAGAGUUGUAGCUGUGUUUCACCAGGAUAUAUGGCACAUCAAUUUGACAUCAAUGAGAGGAUGAGGGCCAUUCUUGUCGAUUGGCUCAUUGAGGUACACCACAAAUUUGAACUUAGGGAAGAAACGUUGUUUCUAACCGUAAAUCUGAUAGAUCGAUUUUUAGCAAACCAAACUGUGGUGAGAAAGAAGCUGCAGCUAGUUGGUCUUGUUGCCAUGCUAUUAGCAUGCAAAUACGAGGAAGUUUCUGUUCCAGUCGUAGAUGAUCUGGUUUUAAUUUCGGACAAAGCUUACACAAGAAAAGAAGUCCUUGAAAUGGAGAAGUUGAUGCUUAACACUUUGCAGUUUAAUAUGUCUGUUCCAACUGCAUAUGCUUAUAUUAGAAGAUUUCUCAAGGCUGCUCAGUCUGAUAGAAAGCUGGAGCAACUCUCAUUCUUCUUGAUUGAGCUAUGCCUAGUGGAGUAUGAAAUGCUGAAAUAUCCACCUUCCUUUUUGGCUGCUGCUGCUAUAUAUACAGCUCAGUGUACACUUUUUGGUGGUGGGAGUUGGAGUAAGACCUGCGAGCGGCAUACCACCUAUUCAGCAGAUCAGCUACUGGAAUGCUCCAGACGGAUUGUGGGCUUUCACCAAAACUCAGCAACAGGCAAACUUACUGGGGUUCAUAGAAAGUACAACAUAUCAAAGUUUGGAUAUGCAGCAAAAUCUGAACCCGCACAUUUUCUUGGGGAGAGGGCAGGUGACUUCUGGAAUGUAGCUGACGGGAGGGUUGAAAGGAUACAGCUGUGUCAAUUUGUCGGAAGAAUGGUUUUAUUGUCAUUGGUGCAGUCAUUUGGAACCAAUGGGGAGUGGUGGUGUAGUGGAUUGGACGAAGUGUUUGUUGGGAUCUUUAUUGCCAAUGGUUGCCGAGAGUCUUUGACUCAUGGAGGGACUUAUAAUGCACUUGAGUUUGAGUUCGAUAUUGAGGCGGCUGAGUGUAAUGCCCUUCAAGGCAGCAAAACAUCUUCUUCAAUUCCGCCCCGAAACUCCGUAGACCACCUACGCUGCUGUCGCCUGAGCUGGAAGGCAAGAUUAGCUUCUAUUGCCUCAAUCCUCGAUGCUUCCAGUAUGCUUGCGGUUGAAAUUCUGAUGGCAAUUGCGGGAUUCUGCCAGUGGGCGAAAGUGGGGCAGUGCAGAGAGCAGAGCAGGAGGCCAGCGGAAGCACCACCAGCUGCGAGCUUGGAUUUCUAA